UACGAACCCCACCACCAUGGAGCCAGGACGAUGGACGGGCUCAGCGGCCGACUACGCCCGCGCGGCAUCGCUACCGCAGCUCCUCCAAGGCAAAGUGCUCAACGAACAGGUGGAGCCCAAAUGGAGCUCGGACAAUACUCGGCUGUGGUACUUGCGCCAGACUGGAUGGGACGGUGCGAACGAAGUGUGUGUGGUGGAUAUCCACACAGGCAAGGCCCUCGUGGACAACCAACGGUUGAAGGAAUCCCUUGGUAGUGCUUUAGCACCGACGUUUCCUGGUGUCGAGCCUGGACGUAUUCGUUUCACGAGCGUUGGCUUGAUCUGCCACGCAUUGAAUGUUGUCCGUGUUCAGGUGGCAGUGAUUCCACCUGAUGCAUCCGCUACCGAGUCGACAGUGCCAAAAGUGCUGCGUUCAUGGUUCCGCGUGGACUUGGACACCUAUACAGUGACGGAGGAAGACCCCGAAGCGGCGGGCGAAAACGACCCUGGAGGCGUCGUGUCGGCAGCGCGCAUGAUCACUCAGCACGACGGCAACGAGACGACUGUUCAGUUUGUGAACGCUUGCUCGUAUCCGCUGCACGCGUACUGGGUGGAUGGCAAUGGCAAAGAAACCAUGUACUUUGACGUAGCUCCAGGCGGCUCUGUCGACCAGCACACGUAUGGUGGGCAUGUAUGGCACUUGAAGCACGCUACCACGAAGUUGUCUGUGGCAUGGCACCGUGCGAUCGAUCUGCCCCAGCGCGUCCGCAUUCUCGGCGUCGAUUCGGUGGAACGAAUGCCGUUCACACCGAAAUCGCCUCCGGUAGACGCUGCCUCGCCUGGGCACAACCAGGCGGAGGGACAAGGCGACACCUCGGCAUUCAAUGUCGUCCACAACGGCGUUCAACUGACGUUCGACGGGACCGCCACCGCCUACUACGAUCGCAUAGCACUGUCUCCCACCGGCGACUACAUUGCUUGCUUCAAAGUCAUUGAACCCCCUGAGUCGGCCAAAUACACGUUGACGUUGGUCGAACACUGCCCCAAACCCGGGAGGAAGCAUCCCGCCGCUCAAACGCACGCCUAUCCAAAGCCAGGCGAUCCCUUGCCCACGUUGGAGCCGUAUGUCAUCCACAUUGCAACAGGCCGGUUGGUUGCCGUGGACACGGCAUUGUGCAAGACGCCAUACGACAUCACCAACUUGACUUGGCACCCGUCGGGUCAGUGGUUCAGCUUCUUGUACAAUCCCCGCGGCCACCGGUUUCUUCGCCUCGUGGGCGUCCACAUUGACGGCGCCAGCCGCGUCCUCCUGGAAGAGACCGCGCCAACGUCGUUUGUCCUGCACCCAAAGCACUUUAUGCAGCACCUCCACGACACCCACGAGCUCCUGUGGACGUCCGAGCAGUUGGACACACGCCACUUGUACAUGUACUACAUCCCGAUCAACUUUGACGACAUCGUCGCGCCGCUUGUCGGAUUUGCCUUGACACAGGGACCGUUCGUCGUUCGCAAAGUCGUCGACGUCGAUAUAGCCCACCGCACGGUCACCCUUGCUGUGUGUGGGUUGUACCCCGGCGAAGACCCGUACCAUAUUCACGUCGUGCGCGUGCAUUUGGACACAACGCAACUGGUUCGCCUCACGAGCGCAGAUGGGUGCCACCGCCCUCUCGAGUACUCGCCCGAUAUGUCUGUGUACUUGGACCGGUAUUCUCGCGUGGAUAUGGCGCCUGUCGUGGAGCUCCGACGGACCGAGGACGGGAGCUUGAUCUGCGUGCUCGAACAGGGCGAUGUGUCGCCGCUUGAAGCCGUCGAUUGGCACCCCCCUACACGACUCGCGUUCCCCGGUCGCGACGGAACAUCCCUUAUCUACGGCAUCGUCGUAUUCCCACUCGGGUACGACUUCAAGACCCCCCUUCGUGUUGUCGAAAACAUUUAUGCCGGGCCGCACGGCGCGCACGUGCCGAAAUCGUUUGGGUUGCAUCUUGACAUGCAAAAGCUGGCCGAGCUCGGAUUUGCCGUCGUGCAGAUGGAUGGCAUGGGCACUGCCCACCGAUCGAAAUCGUUUCAUGACGUGUGCUAUCAAAAUGUCAUCGAUGCAGGCUUUCCCGAUCGCAAACGGUGGAUUCAAGCGCUCGCGACAACGUUCCCGAACUUGGAUUUGUCCAAGGGCGUCGGCAUCUACGGCGGGUCGGCGGGGGGCCAGAAUGCCGUGUCCGGGCUCCUCACCCACGGCGACUUGUACACGGUCGCAGUCGCCGACUGCGGCUGCCACGACAAUCGCGUCGACAAGUUGUGGUGGAAUGAGCUCUGGAUGGGCUACCCCUUUGACGCCACCGUGUACGCUGCCAUAAGCCACGACCCACCCCACUGUAAUCGAUUCAAAAUCCGACAACAUGCUAACUAUGGAGAUGCUAUUGCGCAACUUUGA